AUGGCCAAAGUCAUUUUAGUUACUGGUGGAUCGGGACUAGUGGGCAGCGCCAUCAGAACCAUUGUUGAAACACAAAACGAAGCGUUACCCGAUGAAAAAUGGAUAUUCACUAAUUCCAAAGAGGCAGAUCUCAAUGAUGUACAAGCGACAAGAGACUUAUUUGAAAAAUACAAACCUACCCAUGUCAUACACUUGGCUGCUAUGGUUGGUGGUCUAUUUCAUAAUAUGGACAACAAUUUGGACUUUUUGCGCAAAAAUAUACACAUAAACGACAAUAUACUAGAAACUAGUUUUCAGUACAAUGUAAAAAAAGUAGUAUCGUGUUUAUCUACGUGUAUAUUUCCAGACAAGACAUCAUAUCCAAUAAAUGAAACUAUGAUUCAUAAUGGACCUCCUCAUUCAUCCAAUUUUGGUUACAGCUAUGCCAAGCGACUAUUAGAUAUCGCAAAUAAAGCAUACCACCAAAAACAUGGAGUAAUAUUUACCUCUGUUGUACCAUGUAAUGUGUUUGGACCGCAUGACAAUUUUGACUUGAAAAAUGCCCAUGUUGUACCAGCUCUCAUUCAUCGACUCCAUAUAGCUCUAGAUAAAGGAGCUGAUAAAUUUGUGGUACUGGGAUCUGGAAAACCUCUGCGACAAUUUAUUUAUUCACUGGAUCUUGCCAGGCUGUUUGUUUGGGUGUUAAGGAAUUAUAAUGAUGUUGAACCCAUCAUCUUAUCAGUGGAUGAGAAAGAUGAAAUAACAAUUCGUCAAUUAGCUGAAAUGAUUGCAAAAUCAUUUAAUUUUCAAGGAAUUCUAGAAUUUGACACUAGUGCUGCAGAUGGCCAGAUCAAAAAAACUGCUAGUAAUGAUAAACUUAGAAAAUUGUUACCAAACUUUAAAUUUACCAAUUUAGAAACAGCUAUUGCUGAUACUGUUGAUUGGUUCAAAAAAAAUAAUAAACAAGCAAGACUGGUCGCUCCAUCGUCCAUAUGA